AUGGCCAAGUCGACAGUUCCAAGUAAUCAAACAUCCGAACUCCUAUCCCACAUCCUUUAUCAAAAUUCCAGCAAAACCGUCACCUUAAUCGACAUCCCACGUUCAAUCGAAGAUGCUCAAUCACUAUCCUCCGAACAACACACUACGCGUCCAAAGACCGCGAAGAGGUUGAUAUCUUGUAAACCAAUACAUAAGCCCUAUGCAUCACUUGAACCCAAAUCUGCAAAGGCUCUUAGAAAUGCUCCAGAGAAAAGGAUUGAAGAAUUGAUGUUGGAGCGUUAUGUUCAACUUGCGCUUGAUGAGAUGACGGGGGAUGAAAGAUGGGAGGGCAAAGUUUGUUUAGAGAGGAUUUGGGGAGAGAAUGAGGAAUCGAAGAGGAAGAGAAAGAGGAAAUCGGCUCCAGAAGAAGCAGGGAAGUCUCUGCAGAACGUCAUCAAAGUUGAAAACGUCUCCAAGCUUCCAAAACGCGUUGAUAUCGAUGGAGUUUCGGGGACAAUGCCACCUAAAUCUACAAUGAUAUAUGGCAAUAUACCUGAAAGUAAUCUUUCUUCCAAUGUGGAAAUAUCUGAAGACCUUCCGAAGUUUCAUGUGAUAAUUGCCGAUCCACCUUGGCCUAAUCGAUCUGCUUUACGGAAAGAUUCUUAUGCUACUGCUUCGAGAUUUGGAGGGAUAGAGAGUCUAUUGAGAUCCCUACCAUGUCAUAAGAUAGAAAACAAUGGCUACUUUGGAAUAUGGAUAACUAAUAAACCCGCUUUCCGCUCCAUGCUCUUGGACGAAGGAGGGAUGUUCGACCACUGGGGUCUUGAAUUAGUAGAAGAAUGGAUUUGGCUUAAAGUUACAUCGAGUGGGGAACCGAUGUGUGAGAUUUCAGGGACGUGGAGGAAGCCAUGGGAGAUUUUACUUGUGGGACGGAAGAAGGGCGAGAGGGAAAGUGCUGGGGAAGGAGACCCAGGAUUUAAGAAGUCUGCUGGGAAUGAUACAUUGAAUGUUGAGAAGAAAGACGACCUUGAGGGAUUAAAUCAAUACUCACCCUCACCCUCACCAACCUCAUUCCAAGCUGAAAUCUCAAAUCUUCCCACAAAACGAAGAAUUAUAAUUGGAGUCCCAGAUUUACAUUCACGAAAACCUAAUCUGAGGUUCCUUUUUGAACAACUGCUAGGACUGCAAGAAUAUAGAGGCUUAGAAAUCUUCGCGAGGAAUCUUACGGCCGGGUGGUGGGGGUGGGGAAACGAAGUUUUGAACUUUCAGGAUGAUGGGGCUUGGGUUGUCGAGGAAGGCUGUGAUGAUAUUGUUGAUGAAAUAGAGGAUGAGGCAUUGGAAGUGAAGGAUGCGCAGGAUAGGAAAGAUGAGAAGAACCAUGGAGGGUGA